AUAGACUUGAUGAAGCACUACGAACAAAGGUCUUAUUUUGGUCAAGCGGUCGGAAGUUGUUUGAUAGUAGAACAACAAAUCUUUGACCAAUUCCAAGCCAUCUCAGAAAUAUCAGAUAUUUGUAAGUAAUUGCGAACGAAAUUGUAGACCUGCAAUGUGAAAGAAGUUGCAUCUAUCUGACUUUCAGCUUUGUUUAUUCCAAACCCAUAAAUACCUUCAUCGAUACAUCGUUGAAUAUCAUAUCAGUUAACACAGAUCGGUUUUCGCCCAAGACGUCGUGCGGCUCUCCCUGGCAUUUUCAUUGUUGUAUUCACCAUUUCCGGAAUCCGGAAAAAAAAACAGAAGCAGAAAUUGAAAGAUUUCAUGAGCACUUGAUUAUAGAGGACAUGAACCCUUUUAUUGCCUUUGGAGGCCUUCUGUGUUAAUUUAGCCCAUUCUGCUCUGUGGGUAUGUUGAUUGGGAACAGUGCAUGAGCUUAGGGAGAAUGCACUAGAAGGAAACGUGUAGUUGAUCUUGUUUGUAUGCCACAUUGAGAUAUUGAAAACAAUGGCAUCAGCUGCAGUGAAUAUGGUGAAGACUACAUUAGACUUGGUGACAUUAACAUUUGAUGCUCCUUUUGCUCGAGCUGUUGUUUUUGGAGUGCCCAUUGGAGGGCAUCUAUUUGUGGAAGGUCUCCUUCUAGUGGUUAUCCUCUUUCUACUUUCCCAGAAAAGUUAUAAGCCACCUAAACGGCCAUUAACAAAGAAGGAAAUAGAUGAGCUAUGUGAUGAAUGGGUUCCAGAAUCCCUUAUUCCUCCUAUUACAGAAGAGAUGCAAGGGGAACCCCCUGUAUUGGAAAGUGCUGCAGGGCCGCAUACAGUAAUCAAUGGCAAAGAAGUUGUGAAUUUUGCUUCAGCAAAUUACCUUGGAUUAAUAGGAAAUGAAAAAUUACUUGAGUCAUGUACUUCUGCAUUGGAGAAAUACGGUGUUGGUUCUUGUGGUCCUCGUGGGUUCUAUGGAACAGUUGAUGUUCACCUUGAUUGCGAGGCCAGAAUAGCAAAGUUUUUGGGAAUUCCUGAUUCAAUUCUCUAUCCCUAUGGACUCUCCACCAUGUUCAGUGCAAUUCCAGCUUUUUGUAAAAAAGGAGAUAUUGUGGUUGCGGAUGAGGGUGUUCACUGGGGCAUACAGAAUGGUCUUCAUUUAUCUAGAAGUACAAUUGUAUAUUUUAAGCACAAUAACAUGGAGUCUCUACAAAAUACUCUGGACAAAGUUAUUCACGAAAACAAACGAGCUAAGAAGCUCAGACGUUACAUUGUGGUUGAAGCUGUGUACCAGAAUUCUGGCCAAAUUACUCCAUUAGAUGAGCUCAUCAGACUGAAGGAGAAAUAUAAGUUCCGUGUUUUAUUGGAUGAGAGCAACUCAUUUGGUGUGCUUGGCUCUUCUGGAAGAGGUCUUACUGAACACUAUAAGAUUCCGAUUGAGAAGAUAGACAUCAUAACUGCUGCCAUGGGACACGCGUUGGCCACUGAAGGAGGAUUUUGCACUGGAAGUGCCAGAGUUAUUGAUCAUCAACGUCUCAGCAGUUCUGGUUAUGUAUUUUCUGCUUCUCUGCCCCCAUACCUAGCAAGUGCUGCAAUUACUUCUUUUGAUGUCCUGGAGGAAAAUCCUGAUCUGAUCACAAAACUGAAGAAAAAUAUUGCCUUUCUAUGCAAAGGUUUGUCAGAUAUCCGAGGCCUUGAGAUUGCUAGCAGUCCAGAAUCCCCUAUUGUAUAUCUCAGACUAAAGAAGCCCUCGGGUUCUAUAAAGAAUGAUCUACAACUGCUUGAAGAUAUUGCUGAUCGUGCAUUGAGGGAGGACUCUGUUUUUGUGGUGACUUCCAAAAGAUCAACGCUGGAUAAAUGCCGUCUGCCUGUGGGAAUUAGAUUGUUUGUCUCUGCUGGUCAUUCAGAAUCCGAUCUGUUGAAAGCAUGCGAAUCAUUGAAAAGAGUCACAGAUUUGGUGUUGACUGGUUGUGAUUGAAUGUUGCAUACCAGAUAUCAUGCUUUUAGUGGUAUAUUCCUCUAAGAUCUCUUGUGGCCAACAAAGAAAUGAGCGAAAGAUGUUACUGGGAUUUUGCCCUAUAUAGCUCAUAGAUUAUUUCGAACUGUAUUUUUUGUAACUGUUCCUUCACUUAAAAGGGCAGUAAGGCGGAAAUGACGUACCGUUUGAGCUAAUGGCAAGCUAAAAUGUGUUGGAAGUUGAGUUGUGGACAUGUUUUUGGUUUCACAAAUAUUACGUGCUGAUAUUCGUGUUAUCUUGAAAAUUACUGUUUGUACAACACAACUUUAGGUAUUGUCUCUUCCGCUAGACUUCUUGUUAGAUGAAAUGUCUUCCGUGAAUAUAUUCCAUAGCUCACUGGAUUGAUUCGAGUGUACAUUUGUUUAUUUUUUGUGUUAGUGUGCUUUUUCGUUCUUCCUUUUAUUGUACCAAAUAUAUUUAUCAUAUUUUGUUCUUGGAUUGCUGUGUCUUUGACAAAUAAAUAUGUUCUAUUUCUUUU